AUGUCAUCCUGGGAUCAAACAACUUUUUCAUUAUCACCCAGAUCCAAAGGGUGCUAUUUGGUAACCAACGAAGUAUACGACAAAGUACCACAAAUUAAAGACUAUGAAGUUGGGAUAUUGAACUUGUUUUUACAGCACACCUCAGCUGGUCUUACCCUCAAUGAGAAUUGUGAUCCAGAUGUCAGAACCGAUAUGAAUACAGCUUUGGAUAGGAUUGCUCCCGAAGGUAAUCAUUAUAUCCAUGCUGAUGAAGGUGCUGAUGAUAUGCCCGGUCACAUCAAGAGUUCUACUAUUGGAGUUAGUUUGAGCAUUCCCAUCACAAAUGGGAAAUUAAACACUGGUACUUGGCAAGGUAUAUGGUUAUGUGAAUUCAGAACCUACAAACAUUCCAGAAGAAUUGUAGCCACUAUCAAUGGAAAGAAAAAGUGA